AUGGCUUUCCUGAUGAAGAAGAAGAAAUUCAAGUUUCAGACAAGUUUCACUCUUGAAGAGCUGACUGCUGUCCCCUUUGUGAAUGGGGUUCUGUUCUGCAAAAUUAGGCUGCUAGAUGGAGGAGACUUUGCAAGCUUAUCUACUAGAGAGGAAGUUCAGGAAAACUGUGUCCGCUGGAAAAAGAAAUUCACCUUUGUGUGCAAGAUGAGUGCCAACCCAGCCACAGGACUCCUGGACCCCUGCGUCUGCCGAGUGUCCGUCCGCAAGGAGCUGAAGGGCGGAAAAACCUACUCAAAGCUGGGCUUUGCUGAUCUAAAUCUGGCAGAAUUUGCAGGCUCUGGAUCCACUGUCCGUUGCUGCUUGCUGGAGGGAUAUGAUACUAAGAACACCCGACAGGACAACUCCAUCCUGAAGGUCACAAUCGGAAUGUCCCUGCUCUCAGGGGACCCCUGCUUCAAAACGCCUCCUUCCACCGCCAAAUCCAUCACCAUACCAGGACAGGACUCUACCCUGCAGCUGACCUGUAAGGGCGAGGGAACCACCAGCAGCAGCAGCAGCAGUUCAGCCACAAUUGGCUCUCUGCGUCAGACCAAGCCAAGAACUACCAUUCUCAGCACGGGUGUCCCAGAAGAACCAGAUCAGAACCUGUCCAGCCCAGAGGAAGUCUUCCACUCGGGGCACUCACGGAACUCCAGCUACGCCAGCCAGCAGUCCAAGAUCUCUGGUUACAGCACAGAGCACUCUCGCUCCUCCAGCAUGUCUGACCUGACCCAUCGCCGGAACACCUCCACCAGCAGCAGUGCCUCUGGAGGGCUGAGCAUGACUGUGGAGUGUCCUGAGGGGGAGCGGGACCACAAGCUGGAGAAGCCACCUCGCCCCCCCAGACCAGCCCUUCUGCUGGAGAGACCUUCCCGGAGGAAAAAGGAUUCAGUGGAGAGUCACCCAACCCGAGUGGAUGACACCAGGAUUGAUGCUGAUGAUAUAGUGGAGAAAAUAAUGCAGAGUCAGGACUUCACAGAUGUCAGCAAUACUGAAGACAGUAACCUGAGGUUGUUUGUGAGCAGAGAUGGAACAACUACAUUGAGUGGUAUUCAGCUGGGAAACAGGGUCUCAUCUGGAGUUUAUGAGCCAGUAGUGAUUGAAACCCACUAA